AUGGGCAGGCGCUUCGAGGCGGCCCGAGAUGCUGGGCGGCGGGCCUGGUGGGUGGGGGCGGGGGCGGCGCUCGGCGGCGGCCCGGCACUGCGGGAGCGGGGGUGGCGCUCGGCGGCGGCUCGGCACGGCGGGGGCGGCGCUCCGCAGCGGCCCGACACGGCGGGGGCAGAGCUCGGCAGGGGCCCUGGACGGCGGGGGCGGGGGCGGCACGGCACGGCGGGGUGGCGCUCGGCGGCGACCCGGCAUGGAGGGGGCGGCGCUCGGCGGUGGCUGGGCACGGCGGGAGCGACGCUCGCCGGCGGCCCGGAAUGGCGGGGACGGGGGCGGCUGAUGGGGGCUCGGCUCGGAGGGGUGGGAGCGGGCUGCGCGGCGUGA